AUUUUCUAUUUUGUACAUACGUUGUUUUGUAUAUACUGUAUAUGAUGACUUCGGUGGGCAGUGAACGUACCCGGGGCACUCGAGACAAAGCGCAGAUUUCAGCCACGCAGCUGACGCAACCACAGAAACCAGUAGUACAGGCAACAGCGGAACAAAUUCGCCUUGCUCAGAUGAUCUACGAUAAGAACGAUGCAGACUUUGAGGAUAAAGUGAAACAGCUUAUGGAAGUGACUGGGAAGAAUCAGGAUGAUUGCAUAGUGGCUCUACAUGACUGUAAUGGAGAUGUGAACAGAGCAAUCAAUAUCUUGCUGGAAGGGAACUCUGACACAACUUCGUGGGAGACAGUGGGAGGAAAGAAGAAAAGUCUUGGAAAAGAGAGUUCAGAAAACAAAGAGAACAGAGAAAAGCGAGGGGACAGAGAAGUGAGCCGUGGACGGGGAAGUUCCAGCAGACGAGGAAGAGGGGGCAGCCGUGGUCGAGAGUUCAGAGUAGAGGAGAAUGGAGUGGAUAACAGCCAAGGAGAGAGGCCUUCUGAUCGUGGGAAACGUAGCAGAGGGAGAGGAUUUGGACGUGGCAGAGGAAGAGGAGGAGGGAGGUUUUCAGCCCAAGGCAUGGGGACGUUUAACCCUGCAGAUUAUACGGAGUCUUCUGCUACAGAUGGCUUUGGAACAAAAGAAUCUUGGGAGUCUGGGCAGAAUGAGUCAGAUGAUGGAACAGGAGCAUGGAAGAACACAAUAGAAGAAUGGACUGCUGAAGACUGGAAUGAAGAUCUUUCAGAAACAAAGGUCUUCACUGCUUCAUCUGUCCCAGUGGAGAACCACGUUGCUGCUGGCCAAAGCAUCGACCUGGUGACGCUGCUUCAGAAGUCUGUAACAUCUGGCCAAGAAACUGAGGCAAACUCCUUCGAGACUCCUCAGCAGCAAGGCUUUGGGCAGGCUCUGGUCUUCACAAAUUCCCAACACGAUUCUCAGAUGGCCUUGGGAGCAAGCAACACAAGCACUGUGAACUCCUAUUCUCCGCAGAGCCUGUCUUCAGUCCUCUGUUCAGGGUUUGGAGAGCUUGGAUCUUCAAAGCUGGCCAAUUCCACUGGAUCUCAGAUUUUAGACCAGUUGAAAUCUCCAGGCUUGGGCCAGUUCCCGUCGCAAGGUUCUCUCAGUACAAACCCCCCCAUUUCCACAACCACAACAUCAUCCUGGGAUGUAAAACCAUCAGUUUCACAGCCUUCUAUCCUCAGUCAGUUUGACUUCAAAUCCCAGCCUGAACCAUCCCCAGUUCUGAGUCAGCUGACGCAGCGGCAGCAGCAGCAGCAGCAGACACUGGCAACCCCCGCCCCACCUCCUGGAUUGGAAUCCUUCACCCCACAGAAAGCCCGGGAGCCAUCACCGGUUGACAGCUCAAUGGCUGCCAGCAAAAUGCUGCACCUCCCCAACCUGUCUGCAGAUAGCCAGGUGGCGCCUUCCCAGCAAACGCAGCAGAAACAGAUCAAGCCGCCAAAACGGAGGAUACCCCCAGCUUCAAAGAUCCCUUCCUCUGCUGUGGAGAUGCCUGGAUCCACAGACGUAUCAGGGUUAAAUGUGCAGUUUGGCGCUCUUGAGUUUGGGUUGGAGCCUUCUCUCUCGGAGUUUGGAACUGCUUCCAGCUACGAGAACACCAGCCAGGCACCCAACAACAUCCUGUACCCAAAGCCCAUAAACGAUCCUUUGAAUACCUCUUUGCCAAUGUCCAAUACAGUGCAGGAGCCCAGCUAUGCCACCCCUGCCAUCACUUCUGCCAGCCUCAGUGGCUCCUCCCAGAGUGCUAGUCCCAUAACAACCACGUCCUCCUUUGACCAGGCCUCUGUGCAUAGCAGGAUAACAUACCAAAGUUCCGUGCCUCUAUCAGAACCAAUCUCAGCUGCUGUCACGAAUGGACACAGCAGUGUGCGAACACAGCCAACCCUUGACACCACUCCAUCAAUUCCAGCCUCUAAGACAGAAACCUCUCCUCCGGCCCUGCCCGCCAAAGGCUGCUCCUUGCCUAGCACCACGGCCACCACAGCUUUGCUUCUACCUUCGGCACCACCGCAUACAGCAGCACUUCCCAGCUUGCCGCAGUCAAAUGACUUGGUCAGCAGCUCACUCUCCCAGUUAAGCAGUUCUCUCUCAAAUCAUCAGAGCAGCCUCUCAUCUGCCUCAGCACUGUCUUCAUCUACAUCGCACACGCACACUAGUGUUGAGAACUCCGCUGCGCUCCAGCCUUCUGCUGCGCUCCAGCCUUCCACCACCUUUUCCGUUGCUUCAACCUUGGCCACCACCUCUUCGGUCUCCAGCAUGGCCAACUCUACCAACAGCCUUGGCCUGAAUGUGACCAGUGUCUCUCUGCCGGCUCCCACCACGCGGGCAGCUCCCUUAGUGUCUUCAGGCAAAGCACCCCCCAACCUGCCCCAAGGUGUACCACCCUUGUUACAUAACCAGUAUAUUGUUGGACCUGGAGGACUUCUGCCAGCCUACCCACAGAUUUAUGGUUAUGAUGAUCUCCAAAUGCUGCAGUCCAGGCUGCCUGUGGAUUACUACGGAAUUACAUUCCCUGCUCCGGCAACCUUAACGGGCAGAGAGGGGAGCCUUGCUAACAACCCUUACUCAGGUGAUGUAACAAAAUUUGGUCGGGGAGAUGCUGCCUCGCCUGCCCCAGCCACCACUCUCGCCCAGGCUCAGCAGAACCAGGCACAGACUCACCACACAGCUCAGCAGCCCUUCCUCAACCCCGCGCUGCCCCCCGGGUACAGCUACACUGGGUUGCCCUAUUAUGCCGGCGUGCCAGGAGUCCCCAGCGCAUUCCAGUAUGGGCCCACGAUGUUUGUCCCGCCAGCGUCGGCCAAGCAGCAUAGUGUCAGCUUGAACACGGCCACGACACCCUUCCAGCAGGCGACCGGCUAUGGUCAGCACAGCUACGGAGCAGGCUAUGAUGACCUGACGCAGGGGACGGCAGCUGGAGAUUACAGCAAAGGGGGAUACGCUGGGUCGGCGCAAGCACAAAACAAAUCCUCUGGCAGUGGACCAGGAAAAGGUGUUUCUGUGACCUCAAGUAACACAGGUGUGCCUGAUAUUAGUGGUUCAGUCUACAAUAAGACUCAGACUUUUGACAAGCAGGUAUUCCAUGCCGGCACUCCGCCCCCCUUCAGCCUGCCGUCAGCCCUGGGCUCUGCAGGGCCUCUGAACCCUGGUGCUGCCCCCGGCUACGCUCCGGCUCCCUUCCUGCACAUCUUGCCUGCCCAUCAGCAGCCUCAUUCCCAGAUGCUGCACCACCACCUUCAGCAGGACGGGCAGGGUGGAUCUGGUCAACGCAAUCCACCAAGCGCCCUGCAGCAGAAGUCUCAGGCUACCAAAACAGCCUAUGGAACGUCUCCAUACUGGACAAAUUAACCCAACACAGGAGGAGGAGGAGGAGGAGAAGGGAGGGAAGACGCCCACUUCUCGGACUCCCACACCUGCCAGGAGACAAUCCGCUAGGAAGGGGUGGGGGGUGGGCUUGAGACA